UAAUGUAUAUUCAAAACACAUGACAGAUACACUCAAGUGCUUCUGCUUUCUAGAAGCAGUAUUAUACUAUAUUUGUUCUAGUAUUUUGUUGUUGUGUUGUUCUGUUUUUCUUCAAUGUGUUAGCUGGGAAUUGAUAUACAUUGUAAUUCCUACCAGUACAUGCAGGGAAUGAGCAUCACACCACAAAUCCUUCUUUAUACUUUAUCUUCCCUAGUUCUGAAGGUCAGUGUUUCUAAUGCUGUAUCUGAACUUGUGUUGAAGUAUUUGGUACUAAUAAAACAAAGACGGAAUUAAUAUAUUUUUUAAAUUGUGGGGGGGAAGGAGAGGAUUCUACAAAGGCGGAUUUCACUUUCUAAGUAGCAUUAUAUUGGUCUACAUUAAUAAUUUUCCCAGCAGGCCUUCCAAGAUUUUACUUUGAACAAUCACAGUCUUUGUUUCUCAGAUCCUCUUACAUGUGACAUUUGGUCAAAGUUUUAAAAUCAGCAGCUAACGGAGGAGGAGAAAAGUACUGUUCACUAAGGCACUGCACAAAGCCAUACCACAGGGCGUUUCAGGGUUCCAACAAGCUGGAUCACAUUUUCCAGCUAAACGCUAUUUCAGUGUUGUGUUACAUUUUCUGUACACUGUACACUAUGUUUUAUUAACACUAUACUUCAUCACACUGAUCAGGGAAACAUCUCCUAAACAUCAUUAAAAUAAGCCUUAAGAAAAUUCCUCAGUUCUUUCACACAGGUGUGCAUUUUUAAAAGUAUCAGGUACAGAACAAUUAAUUUUAUUCCUAUUCAAGGUCUUUCUAUACAGCCUUUAAAAAAAAAAGUUUGUUUCCUAGCCAAAAAAAUAAAAGAUUUCAGGUAAUUAAAUUAUCUAUAUUACUAACUCUGGAACUAAUGGUAGCCAUUCUGAUGAGCCAUGAGAAGAAAACUAAGAAAAUCAAUGUACUAAUUUAUGCCUAUAAGUCCUUAUACAAAUAAAUCUUCCCCAAAGACAUGGGUGGAGAAAAAAAAGAUUAGUAAAGGAAAUAUCUCACACUUCAACAUGCUAUAUAAGGAAAGACGGCUGAAAAGAAAUCUUGCAGGGAAUUUUAUCCCUUUGAACUUUCAAAUAAACUCUUAAGUAAGAUUAUGCAAACUUACUAAAGACCGGUCCUGAUUAGAGGGAAAAAAUGCACCCCUUCUCCAAGUCAGUUCUGGAGGCUUUCUCCAGAGUUGUUAAGGUUUGUGUUGGGUAAAGAAAGACCUCCUAACAAACCAGCAUUCUUUUCCACAUGAUCAGAGCUAAUUGGCCCCCCUGCAGGCUAAGUGACCAAUCACAUCAACUUCAGCUGAAACCAGCCCCCACAACAUUAUAAACAGAGGAAUGUAAGCUGUAAAACCAGUCCAAGAAGAGAACCUACAAACUAGACUUGUAGAUUAAAAUUAUCUGAUCAAAAAGGCAGACUCUGUAAAUUUCCUUAAGACCUACCUUGGCGUAAAGGCUGACCCAGCAAAAGAACUGAGAAAUACAGCCUGAGAUGGACAGCAGUAAUUGCAAAGUUAUUGCUCCUCUCCUAAGUCAAAGAUACCGGAGGAUGGUCACCAAGGAUGGCCACAGCACACUUCAAAUGGAUGGCGCUCAAAGAGGUCUUGCAUAUCUUCGAGAUGCUUGGGGAAUCCUAAUGGACAUGCGCUGGCGUUGGAUGAUGUUGGUCUUUUCUGCUUCUUUUGUUGUCCACUGGCUUGUCUUUGCAGUGCUCUGGUAUGUUCUGGCUGAGAUGAAUGGUGAUCUGGAACUAGAUCAUGAUGCCCCACCUGAAAACCACACUAUCUGUGUCAAGUAUAUCACCAGUUUCACAGCUGCAUUCUCCUUCUCCCUGGAGACACAACUCACAAUUGGUUAUGGUACCAUGUUCCCCAGUGGUGACUGUCCAAGUGCAAUCGCCUUACUUGCCAUACAAAUGCUCCUAGGCCUCAUGCUAGAGGCUUUUAUCACAGGUGCCUUUGUGGCGAAGAUUGCCCGGCCAAAAAAUCGAGCUUUCUCAAUUCGCUUUACUGACAUAGCAGUAGUAGCUCACAUGGAUGGCAAACCUAAUCUUAUCUUCCAAGUGGCCAACACCCGACCUAGCCCUCUAACCAGUGUCCGGGUCUCAGCUGUACUCUAUCAGGAAAGAGAAAAUGGCAAACUCUACCAGACCAGUGUGGAUUUCCACCUUGAUGACAUCAGUUCUGAGGAAUGUCCAUUCUUUAUCUUUCCACUAACCUACUAUCACUCCAUUACACCAUCAAGUCCUCUGGCUACUCUGCUCCAGCAUGAAAAUCCUUCUCACUUUGAAUUAGUUGUAUCCCUUUCAGCAAUGCAGGAGGGCACUGGAGAAAUAUGCCAAAGGAGGACAUCCUACCUACCUUCUGAAAUCAUGUUACAUCACUGUUUUGCAUCUCUGUUGACCCGAGGUUCCAAAGGUGAAUAUCAAAUCAAGAUGGAGAAUUUUGACAAGACUGUCCCUGAAUUUCCAACUCCUCUGGUUUCUAAAAGCCUAAACAGGACUGACCUGGAUAUCCACAUCAAUGGACAAAGCAUUGACAAUUUUCAGAUCUCUGAAACAGGACUGACAGAAUAAGACUUAUCCAUUUUUUAAUGUGUUAAAUACACCCAGCCAGUUAUGCAGCUACUUUUUCUUUACUGUAUCUCAUGUUUUCUUUUUUCAAUGCUAAUUAUAGCUCUCUACAUCACGGUAAUCAUGCCUACGCCCACAUAAAAAUGGCUGAGCUAACAAUACACAUUCUGGAAACAUAACACUCUACAUUACAAAGUUUGUUACCUGCUGAAAUCAAUGUAACUCAACUUGACAGACACUUAUACAGAAAUGUUGCUGGUGAAUUUAUAAGAAUGUGGUACGAUACUAGUAAUGAAGGCAAAAUGGACAGUGAAGUUUAACACAACUGAACUCUAAGAAAAUCAACCAUUCUCUCAUUUUCAUCUGCAAAUUGAAGCAACAGUUUAGUUUCAAACCUAGCUCCCUGGGUAGAAUGAUGACUUCACCAUACUUAGUGAACAUCCUUUAAGAACUGGGAUUUUUUUCAAGACAACAAAGAUCACUCAUUUGGUUCUUUCUACUAUGAAACUUAAGUAAGUAUUACCUCCUUAAUUUUUAACAACUAAGAACAAAAAUUAACGAGAAAAACAACAAAGUACAGAUUUAUACAUAAACCUAAAAGCAUUUGAACAUGACACCCGAACACAUACAUAUAUGUUCACUUAUUUGUGGCAGAAGGUGAUCAGAUAAGAUAAGCUCCGCCCAAAUGGAACCUGCAGGGUGGUAUUUUGCAUUGCAAGGAGACGCAAAAUUUUAUCUUAAAACUGUCCCCCAUAAUAAUCAAACAGUGAUUCAUCUAAAUGACUUCUAGCAACCUAAGUAAAAACAUUCCCCUCCUAUGUAUGAUUCAUUUGAUCAUAUAAAACAUCAUGAUGGCUCUAAUUCAUAAAUACAAAAAUAUAUUUAAGUCUUUAUGGAUACAAAGCUUUACUUAGAUAUAACUUGAGUGAGUAGGGAAAAAAAUCUACAGUAGAUAAAGCAAAAGAUAAUUAGGCAACAAAGCAUUUUCAAACCCAAAUUCCUGUUUCUAACUUCAGAUAGUUUUUUCUAUAAACACAAAAUCAGUGUUUAUUCACCAGUAGGAGGUUGGACUAGAUGAACUCUAUUAUUUCUUUCUAAAUCUAAUACUCCAUAAAAAUUAUGUUUCCUCUGUUUCAUUUUUUAUUUUAUCUAUGCUAAAAUGAGCCCUUUCCCUUAUGUCCAGUUUAAGAUGAUCAUUUGCAUGAUUUUCAUUUCAAUAAAAAAAAGAGAAACUGUCCUUAAACAAAACAAAAACCAAAAAAGUCACCCUAUCAGGUUUCAAACAGAUUUGUGGCUGUUCUUUUCUGAAAUUUCCCUUAUUCAGGUUUCUGUGGGAAAAAUGAAAGAUUAACCUUCCCCACUGGUGAUGACCUAGGCAGGAAUCAUCUCUUGAAAUAAAUACUAGCUGAGUAAAGGCAAGCAGGUGUGAAGAGCAGGGCUCAGCAGCAAGUCACAUUUUUCUACUAUUUGACCAAAAGGAAAAGAAAAUAAAGAAGAACUCUGGAGUGGUCUAAGACUGAUAAUACCAGAAUAUCAAGAACACAGAAACUUAAUUAUUGUGAACUUUUGCUGUUUGAAAAUCUUAGACAUUCAUUCUUAAGUAGAAAUCAGACCAACAGAUUUUCCCAACCCAAGACUAUUGUAACACAUAAAGACAGCAACAAUUCUUAUUUCUAUAAUAAAUUAACAAGAUUCACCUAACCUGUGAAAAUAAAGUAGUAUUGAAGACUUA